GGUUUUUUUCUACCGUGGUUCGUGGAUGAAAAGUGCCAACACGAAGAUUGUGGAAGAUUGUGAAUUUCGUUUAAAUUAAAAACCUGAAAAUGGUAGAAUUGAAAUCGGACAAGUCGGAUGUUACCAAGGAAAACGAAGAUCCAUCGAAACAGAUGGAAGUCGACGAGGGCGUUGAUUCGCCCAAAAAAGUUUUCAACAUUGAAAUUUUGCGUGUCAUCAAAGAUCUACAGCAGCAGCACGGACUUCGGCAUGGGGACUACCAGCGCUAUCGUGGUUACUGUUCGCGCCGGGUAAAGCGCCUGCGAAAGACGCUCAACCUGCCGCAGGGCGAUAAGCGCCAUUUCCGCAAGCGUGAUGUUACCCUUGCCAAUUUGGAGCGGGACAACUCGGACGAGCGUUUCAUCCAUAUCCCGCUCAUGCUGGCGGAACGUGCUUGGGCGUACGCGAUGCAGCUCCGCCAGGAAUCGAAUACCGAGCCGAGAAAACGGUUCCAUCUGGUCGGCAAGUUGCGCAAGGCUACGGUUUACGCAUUGCAACUGCAGGAACUGUGCGCUUCGGACUACUGCGACGCUAGGACCAAGCUGGAGGCGGAAGCUUACUCGGCUUGGAUUCAUGGUUCGCUGCAUUUUGAGCUGUCCCUGUGGAAGACUGCUGCCGAGAAUCUGAAAAAGGCGCAGGUGAUUUACGAGAAUCUGGCUCGGGCUCUGCCCGAGGAGGAACAGGUGAUUUAUAAGGCGAAGGUGGACGAAUUGAAUCCUAGUUUGCGCUAUUGUGCUUAUAACAUCGGGGAGAAUGCUUCGAUGAAUGAUUUGCUGGAGAUGCGCGGACAGGGAAUGCUGGAUAAUUUGAGUUCGCUGGUGGCGCAGAGCAAGGCCGAAAGUAUGGAAGCGUUCCAGACUACGCAGUGGCGCGGACGAAAGGUAACGGUUCGUCCGGAAAAGGUUCGUAUGUUUUUGCUUAGCAUUCAGGAGCUGGCUAAGAGUAUUGAGCGGGCAAAGGGAUUCCCGGCUAAGAUUGAAUUGGUGGAGAAUGUGCUGAUGGACUGUAAGGAUGCUAUCUCGGCUAUCAAAGAUGAAAUAAAGCAGGAUCCCAAGCUGCGGUCAAGCAACGAAAGCGGAACAAUGACAGCCACUCAGUAUUUACUCACGUAUUUGUCGUACACUCGAUUGAAGCUGACUUUGGAGAGAAACCUUCUGCUGGUGGCACAGAGCAAACUGAGUUUGGAUGAUCCGAAUGUUUCUGAUAAGGCACAAAUUGAAGGUAAGAAAGCUAAGCCGCAGGAUUUGUCGCGGCUGUAUGAGAUAAUUUUGCAGAAUGUCAGUGAAAUGCAGCAGUUGGCUGGGAUGGAGUCGGAUGCGGCUUAUCAGUCGGAAAUUGAAACACUUGCGCUAUCGUUUAAAUCGUUCCGUUGCUAUUAUAUUGCCAUUACUUUGGUUGCACUGAAACGUUGGCGUGAAGCAGUGGCCAUGUACGAACGAUCCACGAAGUAUGCCUCGGAGGCGGUUGCUUCCAAAGCCAUUAGCAGCGAUUUCGAUUUGCGUGAAGAAUUGAAGCAGCUUGUGCAGACGAUCGAAGGUUGCAAGUUUUCCGCUCACGCCAACAGCGUCCUGGAGGAUGAUAGCGAGGAAUCGGUUCUAUACGGUCGUAGCACGAAGACCACGAAGCCGCUCUACGAGCGAUUAUCCGUGUACAAGGAGGACGCCUCGUUGAACUCCCGCAAUCCGAAUGUGUUCAAGUUGACGCCGGAGAUGCAGCCGAUUCCCGCCAAGCCGCUGUUUUUCGAUUUGGCGCUUAACUUUGUCGAGUUUCCCUCGCUGGAAGAUAAGAUCGAACAGAAGGGCGGUUCCAAGCAGACGGCCGGAAUGUCCGGAUUCGUUAAGGGUCUGUUUGGCUGGGGUAGCAGCGGUGGAAAGUAGGACGUUUUUCGAUUCGACAUUUGUUUUUUGUUUUAAUCGCAUGGAUGCAUUUUUCUUAAAUUUUUGGUUUUGAAAGCAUAGUGACCAACAAUAAAUACACCAUUAAG